AUGACCAAGGAGCGGUACUACGAGAGCCAGGAGCGCGAUUUGAAAAAGGACAUCCGGUCAGUUGAACGAGCGUUAUUUGGGCUCGAGGAUAACGUUGAAGGAGCCAGCUUGCGAGCCCUGAAGGCCCAAAAGGAGCUGGAUGAAGCAGAAGCUGAUUUGGAGAAGGCUCGGCAGGAAAUGAAGGUGGCCAGACAGCGGCUGGACGGAUACAGAGAGCAGCUGAAGGAGCUACGUGACGCAAGAAACGGCAAGACGACGCCAAAAAAAAGCCAGAUCGAUACCCUGGAACUCAUGAAUGAAGUGGAGAUAGUCAGGGGGCUGGGUUUGGACUAUCUGCAGAAGCUUGAGGUUAGACCGUGA